CUCUCUCUCUCUCUCUCUCUCUCUCCUCCCUCUCCUCACAGAGAUGUUGGAGGAGGUGGUUGGAGCUGCUAUAAGACCCGCACACAGUCUGACCCCCGUCACGUUCAGACAGACGACACGUUCACUCGCUUCUCGUCCCAACAGGUGGAGCUUGUGACUCCAGCAGCUGUCCUCAAACUCAGUGCUCGUGCGCCGCGCGCAGCAGCUCCCGGCCGGCCAUGGGCUCCGUCCUGCCGGGCUCCUCGUUGGGCCUGAAGCCGGGCUUCAAGCCGCAGCAGCCGCUGUCGCUGGCGGACAUCAUCACGUCGGACAUCCUGCACAGCUUCCUGUACGGCCGCUGGAGGCACGUGCUGGGCGAGCAGCACCACCAGCAUCACGCGCACCAGCAUCACCUGCAGCACGAGGACCGCACGGCCCCGAGCGCGAGCCCCAAGACCGCCUUCACCGCCGAGGUGCUCGCGCAGUCCUUCUCCGGAGAGGUCCAGAAGUUGUCCAGUUUGGUUUUACCCAGUGAGGUGAUCAUCGCUCAGAGUUCGGUCCCAGGUGAAGGUUUGGGCAUCUUCUCCAAAACGUGGAUUAAAGCAGGAACAGAGAUGGGACCGUUCACAGGACGCCUCAUCUCACCUGAACACAUCGACCUGUACAAGAACAACAACCUCAUGUGGGAGGUGUUCAAUGAGGACGGGACGGUCAGGUAUUUCAUCGAUGCCAGUCAGGAGGAUCAGAGGAGCUGGAUGACGUACAUUAAGUGCGCGAGGAACGAGCAAGAGCAGAACCUGGAGGUGGUUCAGAUCGGCAGCAGCAUCUUCUACAAGGCCGUGGAGACGAUCCCUCCGGACCAGGAACUGCUGGUCUGGUAUGGAAACUCCCACAACACCUUCCUGGGAAUCCCUGGCAUCCCCGGAGGAGACGAAGAACAGAACAAAAAGAACAAGAACGAUGAGUUCCACACCUGUGAAGGCUCCUCCUCCUCCUCCUCCGCCUCCUCCACCUCCUCCGCCUCCGCCUCCUCCAGUCUGGGUCGAAUGCGUUGUGUCAUCUGCCACCGUGGAUUCAACUCGCGCAGCAACCUGCGCUCACACAUGCGCAUCCACACGCUGGACAAACCGUUCGUCUGCCGCUUCUGCAACCGCCGCUUCAGCCAGUCCUCCACCCUGAGGAACCACGUCCGGCUGCACACCGGCGAGCGCCCGUACAAGUGCCACGUGUGCCAGUCGGCGUACUCGCAGCUGGCCGGCCUGCGGGCGCACCAGAAGAGCGCCAGACACCGACCCACCGGAGACGCUGGGGCCGCGGGGGCAGGCGUGGUGGUGCACGCGGCUCACUCCCCUCCUCCCCCUCCUCACCCACCACAGCUGACCACCAUGCCUCACCCAGCAUCGCUGGUCCACCACAUACCCACCAUGGUCCUGUGAGGGGGCGGGGUCAUUCAGACAGACAGACAGACAGACAGACAGACAGACAGACAGGCGUCUUGUAACUUAGAAAUAAGCUCAAAUGUUUGAACACACUAAGACAGGAAGCUGCUCCCACACAGGUGCGAAUUCUUUCAGCAAAUCAAAUAGCUUUGCUGCUGAGCGCAUUUCCAAUCAGCCAAUCAGAGCUUUGAAGAUGAGACCUCAAGAGUCAAAACCCCAAAUCACUUAACUCGUGACUCCACACAAUAAUGCAAGAGUGAAUUUCAGCCAAACUCUUUGAACCAGCAAAUGGUUUUCAGCACACUGAGAUUCAGGUGUUUCCCCAUCACUGGCACCACAUGCAGCGCACUGCUGGACUUAGGUUUGCUGCUGGCUAAUAAUUUACUAAAUAAACUACACACUUAAACAACUAUACAGCUGCUACCUGAAGUUACUUUACAAACAACAAACUGAACACAGGACGUUUGUACAUUAUAUGCAUGUGCGCACACACACACACACACACACACACACUUACCAGAGGACAGUCAGGUAAGCACAGACUCAAGCUGUGGUUAAAGUCAGCAGGGAUUUGCUGACUUUGCUGACUGUUUCAUGAACAGAUGCAUGAUGGGACAGCCUGUUACUCCAGCUUAUCAUGUCAGUUUAAAUCAUGUACCUGUGAGAUGUCGUGCUUUGGUUUGCAUGCAAUGGUUCUCUGUUAAAGAUUGUAAUGUGUGUGUUCAACACUGGGAGGCGCUACAGUCUGAGCACUGAGGCUUCUUCAGAGGAAUCCACUGAGUUUCUGUAAAAUGGUGCUGUUGGUCACUUUACAGGAAAUCAGUCCCAUGCUAACAGCUCCUUAUGUGGAGUAUUACUGAGCACUGAUGUUUAAGUUCACGUUAGCAUGAUGCUGUAGGCCUUUACAACUUGCUAGUCGUAGCAAAGUCCGUGAUAAUAAGUUAGCAUGGGACAAAGCAACAAAGUCACAAAAGAUAUUUUUAAUCCUGUUUGCAUGUGAUCAAAACAAAGAAAAAGAAAACUUUUUUAGGGACUUUGAGUGCUUUGCUCCACCUUAGCCUGAUGCUAACAUGUUAGCCGGAGUGAUUUCAUCUCUCUUCUGCUGUACUGACUGGUCAGUAAAUCUGCUAAAAGCUCAGCAGAUUCCUUUAAAGAAGCUCAUCACUUAUUGAAAAAGACAGAGCCUGAAAUCUAAAAUAUUUUAUUAUCAUUAUUAUGUUUGUUGGUUUUAAGAUGCAUGCUGAGACCCAAUUUAGGUCUCAGGCAGGUUCAGUUGACACCUGUUAAAAAAUAUUAGAAUCUAAAUUUCUAAUCUUUGUAAGUGUUUCUGCGUGAUUUCUUUCCCAUGAUCUGAUUUCUGUAUUAAUCUGUUGUUAAAUUAUCAAAAGACGAAGAAUCGCUGACUCUCUUCAGCCGGCAGCUGCCAGUCGGCCGUCAAAGAAAAGAAUGUGAAUUAUAAACAUGAGAUCUGCUUUAUGGCCAGAAUAUAAUUCAGCUGUCACUUUAUCUCUGUAGAUGUAUAUGUACAAGGUCAUAUAUGACACAUGUAUCAGUAUAUGAAGUAUGCUAUGUUGACUUCUAUAAAGAACAUUGUAUUUGAGCCUAUAAACUCCUAAUAAAGUAUUA